AUGAAUAACAACAAUAAUAUCAGUAGCAAUAUUAAUAUUAAUAAUAAUAGUAGUAAUAAUAAUAACCAUAAUAAUAGUAAUAAUAAAGGUAAUAAUAAUAAUAAAGGUAAUAUUUAUAGUAACAAUGAUAAUAGUUAUAGCAAUAAUGAAAAUAUCAAUAAUACAGAAAAUAUGUUUAGUUUAGAUAGUAACUUUGAUAAUCAAAGUAGAAACAGUAAUAAAAUUUUUUACAAUAAACCUAAUUUUUUUAAUGACCAAUUACCAUCACAAAAUCAUAGCAAUAAUGAUAAUAAAAUCAAUAACCAAAACGAAAGAAAAAAUAGUCCAGAUCUUAGUUUUACACCCAGAAGAGAUACACUCGAAGAAAUCAAUAAUAUAGAGAGUAAUAAAAAUGGAAAUCCAGAUAAAAACACAACUUUUGACAAAACAAACCUUAAUAAUUUUAGUUUUUCCAAUUCAGUUAGUGGCCAAAAAUCAUAUAAUAGUAAUAGUAACCAAUUGACAUACAGUAGUAAUAAUUUUGACAGAGUUGUUCAUAAUAAUAUAAAACAAACCAAAAGAUAUUUCAAUUUUGAUAAUAUAGAAAACAAUAACAGCACACAACUUUCUCAUUCAAAUGAAGUAAUAAACAAUUACCCUAAUAAUAACAAUAACAACGGCAAUAACAAUAGUAGUAAUAAUAAUAAAAAUAAUAAUAAUAAUACAAACUAUAAUAGUUAUAGUGAAUCACUUAUUGGUAGUGAUAUUUUUAAAGGCUCUAGAAAUAUUACAUUAUCAAAUUAUAUUGACCAAGUUAAAAAUAUUGUAAAUAAAAAUAGAUAUGACUUUAAUAUUAAUUUAAAUGAUGUAAAUAAUUCAAGAUACAAUACAAGGGCAAAUUAUAACACAUCUGAAUAUAGUAAUAAUAACAAUAUUUAUAAUAAUAGUAAUAUAGCAUUCAGUAAUAAUAGUAACAGCAUUAAUGAUAGCAAUUUUAAUCAAAACUCCUAUUACUUUUCAAAUAAACAAAACGAAAAAAAGAGAAAUAAUGAAGAAUUUGAGGGAAAUAACGAAACCAAUCCUAAAAUUCCUGAAACAAUUAAGGUAGAUUAUUUAUUAAAUGAAACCAAUCGAAAAGAUAUGAAAAGGGAUCUUAAUGUAUUCAACUAUAGCAAUAAUAGUGGUAUAAAUCAAGACUCUGUUGUAAAAAAAAAAAAAAUAGAUGAACAAAAAGAAAAAGAUUAUGUUAUAAAUCACCCAUUCAGAUCCAAUAUUAAUGAUAAUAGUGACGAUGAUAUCAAUAUUGAUAAUAAUGUUGACAAUAAUAUAGAUAAUAGUAAAUUUCAAAAUUUUAAAUCAUAUCAAUAUAUACCUCAUAAAAACAAACAGCAAACUUUAAAUACCACCACCACAACAACAACAACAACUACGACAACUACACCUAUAACCCCUCCUACCCCUCCAACAUCAACACCAUCCAGCGAUUUAAAGGGAUUAUCUAAAUCAAAUACUAUUUCAAUUUUAUCACCUCAUCCACUUUCAGUAUCAACAAAUGGAAAAGCAUCAUCGAAUCUUGUUAAUCCCCAAGUUAAAACUGAUGAUUUACCUGACGGUCAAAAGAAAAACUUUUCAACAAAUGAUUUGUUAGAAUCAGUUUAUAAAACUAUAGAAGGUCUUGCCUUUAGUACAAACAAAGAUAACAAACUUGAUACCAGAGUUGAAAAAUACAAAUCAAAAAUCAACAUCACCUGUUGGAUGACUAUAUAUAAUAGUAAAUUGGCCAUCACUCCAUUUCAAAUUAUGGAAGUUUUCAAAUUUAUAAGCUUAGGUACAAAUUAUUUUAAAUGGCUUGGAGAUAAACAUUAUGAAAACCUAAUUAUUCAAUCAUACCAUUAUUUGGAUGACUAUUGCGAAGAAAAGGGUCUUGAAAGAAUAAGUACUUGUAAAUAUUGCAGUAAACUUUUUAACUCUAGCAAAAAGAACCGAGAAGCUAAAAAAAAUCAAAGACACCCAUUCAGAAUGGAAAAUGUAUGUUUUAGAUUUGUAAAGUUUUUAUUAAAUGAAUCAAGAAAAGAUACAGAGAAAUUCUCUUCAUUAAAAGAAAUGGGAUUUAAAUCAAAUAGAACUUCAAAUAUUGUUGGUAUUGUACUAUUAUUUUGGGGUUUCAUCGAAAAAAAGGUUGAUAAAUAUGCUGCACUCAGUUUUAGAUGGAUAAGAAAAUUACCCUUUUCAAGUUUUUCAGAAUUAGAAAACUGUUGUCCUUAUAAAUAA